UAAAAAAAGAAACACCAAAGAAUCGCAAAUAUUCCAAAAACGCAGCCGUCUGCCGCCCACCCGAAUGUCAUUUGCCUAAUAUUUAUCGCUGUCGCAUUCUGGUUGCAUGUGAGUCGCAGCAUGUGACAAGGUGAAUAACAACAACACGCAAACAAACGCACAAAUAAGGCGCUGGCGAAUAGUGAGAACGUAAAGCAGUAAAAGCAACAACAUCAACAACAUAUAUGUGAGUGGCAGCAAAUAACUGCCAAAGGCGUGAAAAUACACAAAUAAAUGCAAAAAGAAAUCAAAACAAAGAAAUUGCAAUAAAUAAAUAAAAUUACAAAAUACUAAUUGAAAAAAGAAAGAAAAAAAAGUGAAAAAAGUCAGCGACAAGUCCAAAAUCGCAAAAAACGUGUGUCCAUAAUUUCGGUAGUUUAUUGUGUGCGGGAUUCUUUGGCGACCCCGUUUCAUUGUUGUACCAAUUACUGUUGUAAUUGUUGCUGUGUUGGCACAAUUUUACGCUGCGCUUGUUGUUCGUGUUGUUGUGCGGUAUUUACGCGUGAAUUUUCGAAAGUGGUUGACCUCAGCAAGUGGCAAGGGGGCGUGCUGGCUGCAGCGGUGACAACAACGACAACAGCAGCAGCAACAACAAACAAGCAGCAAAAGCAUCGCACCAGUGCAACGGCAAGUCAACAACAGCCAAGAUUGCUCAAAAGCGAGCAGCAAAAGCACACGCAAAUCAACGGCGUAAAGUUUCCCAUCAACCGAAGCGUUACCCAUACAACUUUGACACAAAUGACAUUUGUUCAAUCAAAUGACAAACAUCGAAGAACUUAAAUACUUUUCCAUAGAACAUCUGUAAAGAAGUAGAAAUAAGUAGAAGGAGCAAAAGGACAAGUUGGUCGUAAACCCUCUGCACGGCAUUGAUUACACUCGAACAAUACUAUCUCGUCUAACUGUCACUACACAGCGGUGUUGUUGUCUGUUCGUCGCUGGCGGCAUUCGCCAGCAUAGUUUUGUCGUCAUGUUUGCGAAAUGUGUUGCACACACGACUGUCAUUAAAUGACAAAUGUUUGGCAGCAUCAAUCAGUGGCGUAUCGAAAAGCAACAACAACAGCAACCGCACAGUCCACAGCCAACACUACAAAAAGCAUAUAAAAACGAGAAGAGAAAGAGGGAGAGUCAAACUCAGUCGGCGAGAACGCGUUGUGUGCGCUGCGGUAGGAUAGAGCGCUUCAAGUGUACUGGGGACGGCAUGGCCAUUAGCCGGGGACGCGGCAAACGCACGCACUCUUGGUUUCUACUCAAAGAUUCGGUGAUAUUCGCGUUAGUGUUAUGCGUGCUACAGUUGCUGCAGGCAUAUGCGCUAAGUAAACUAGUGAUAAGCGCGGAGAUGCUGCAAGCUGUCGAAGGUGGUGGCGUAAAUAAGCGACGAGCUGAUAAUAACGCCACCGCGGACCGUAAAGAACUAGGCGCCGUGGAGCCCGCGAUGACGGAGUUUGUGGAGACAUUACUGCUUGGUCAACAAACGGUAGGGGAAACCAAAGAAGCGGCUGAGAAGUAUGCGAGUACCGGCACCAGUAUUAGUAUGAGCCACAAGAGUAGUAGGAUUAGCAAUAGUGAUAGGAUUAGUAACGAUAGUUUAAGCAAUGGCAGUAAUAACAACACAACCACCACAUCAGAUAAGUCAGCGCUGAUUGACGCGCAUAAAUCAAGCGAUAAGCGAGUUGGCAAGCCGCAAGCCAUAAAUGAAAACGAUAUACAAGCGCUGAACAACAUCGCAAAUAUACACAACAACACACAGCGUAUGCUUCUGGUGAGUGCCGCGGCCACAGCCGCCGGCGUUAGCAAGACUCACCAAGCAACGCCAACGACCGUGAGUGCUCACGAUGCCGCCGCAAAUGGCACUGACAGCAAGCAAACACAGCGCGCGGUCAUCAACAUGCCCGAGCAGAUACGUGAGAACAUCGUGUUGUCAUCUGUCGAUCCGGAAAAGGAGGCGCAAUUGUUGUACGAGCAAACAUUGCUGGAGUAUCAUGGCAGCAUGCAGGCAGCCGCGGCGGCAAGCAGUUCACCAUCAGCGGUCACAGCUGAUAAGCCAACGGCGGAGGAGAGUGGGCGUACGUCACUACUGGAGGGAACCAGCGCAGAACGGCCACCACGCACGCUGCACAGCGUUUGCGAAGUGUGGACGCAGAAGCAUUGUCACUGCACCGGCACACUGGAGCGGCUGUCGCUGAGUUGCCGGGGUAUCGGCGUUGUUGCGGUGCCGGUGGAGCUGCCAGACACCGUUGUGACCUUAGAUUUGGGCAACAACAACAUAACUAUAUUUGAGGCUAAUACAUUUUUUAUGGUACCUAACCUCGAAGAACUAACUUUAUCCGACAAUAGCAUCAUUAAUAUUGAUCCGAAUGCAUUUUAUGGACUUGGUAAAUUGAAACGUUUGAAUUUACAAAAUUGUGGCCUUAAAUCGUUGCCGGCGCACACAUUUCAAGGAUUGAAGAAUUUAAUUUCACUCCAGCUGAACGGCAACGCCUUAGCCAGCAUGGACACGGACAGCCUCCAGCAUCUGCCCAAGCUACGCACGCUCCGGCUCGAGGGCAAUCUGUUCUAUCGGAUACCGACAAACGCUUUGGCUGGAUUAAAGACACUCGAAGCACUAAAUCUUGGCAGCAACCUUCUGACAAUAAUUAACGAUGACGACUUCCCACAUAUGCCAAAUUUAGUGGUGCUUCUUUUGAAGCGAAAUCAAAUAAUGAAGAUCUCCUCGAGUGCAUUUACGAAUCUGACGGCGUUGAAAGUGUUGGAAUUGGAUGACAACUUAAUCAACAGCCUGCCAGAGGGUUUGAACAAACUGACGCAUUUGCAAGAACUAUCAGUUACCAGCAAUCGCUUGCGUUGGAUCAAUGAAACGGAUUUGCCGAGAAAUUUACAAACGAUUGAUUUUCGUGCGAAUCCGCUUUCCAUAAUCAUGCCGAAAGCGCUGCGCGGCAUGACGAGAUUGCGAAAAUUAAUUCUAUCCGAUGUGCGUUCACUCAAGGUUUUCCCCGAUCUCGACGGCUGCUUCUCAUUGGAGGUUAUAAAACUAGAUCGCGCCGGUAUCAAAGAAGUGCCCGCCAAUUUGUGUCGUCAAACACCAAGACUGAAAAGCUUAGAGCUAAAAACGAAUUCCUUAGUACGCAUUCCCACUUUAGCCAAUUGCAGAGAAUUAAGACUGUUAGAUCUUUCGAGUAAUUACAUUGAAUCUCUUAGUGGGCGACCCUUCGCCGGCCUUAAACAACUCCACGAUUUGGUGCUCUCAUAUAAUCGCAUAAAAGCGAUACCUUACGAUGCCUUCUUCGGCAUACCACGUUUGCAGUUGUUAGACUUAGAAGGUAAUGAGAUCACCGCCAUACACAAAGAAGCCUUUAUGCCUUUCGCCAAGUUGGAGGACCUAAAUUUGGGCAAUAAUAUUUUUCCCGAGCUGCCGUCGGCUGGUCUAAGCAAACUGCUGCAUUUAAAGACUUUCAACAAUCCGAAGCUGCGUGAGUUCCCUGCGCCAGACACGUUCCCACGCAUUCAAACGCUCAUACUUUCGUACGCUUACCAUUGUUGCCCUUUCAUACCGUUAGUGGCGAUGUCGGCGGCCAAAAAGCCCCCACUUGUACAAGAAGCUGUACUCUUUCCAUCCGAUUCGGAGUUCGACAUGAGCUUGUGGAACAAUAGCAUGAUGGAUAUUUGGCCGCAGCUGCAGAACCUCAGCAAAAAGUUUGGCAAUCAAAUGCAUGACAUUUGGGAUAAUUUCGGUCAGGACUUUAAUUACCCCGGAAAUAUACCAACUUAUGUCGAGGAAUACUUCGAAGAAGACGGCACAGGCACGACGACGAGUUCAAUGAGCAUGAGUAGCAGUUUUGCCGGUUUCAGUAAUGGUCUCUUCGGCACAAUGGACAUUGACAUAGCACCAGGCUCCAUACAAUGUCUACCAAUGCCCGGUCCGUUUUUGCCCUGCUCCGAUCUCUUCGAUUGGUGGACUUUGCGUUGUGGCAUUUGGGUUGUUUAUUUACUGGCAUUGCUAGGUAACGGUACCGUUAUUAUAGUGCUGUUAUUCUCACGUUCGAAGAUGGAUGUUCCGCGCUUUCUGGUGUGCAAUUUGGCUGCCGCAGAUUUCUUAAUGGGCAUUUACCUCGGCACUUUGGCCAUUGUAGACGCUGGCACGUUGGGUGAGUUUCGCAAGUUUGCCAUUCCCUGGCAGAUGUCGCGCACGUGCCAGUUUUCUGGUUUCAUGGCAGUGCUGUCGUCAGAGUUGUCGGUUUACACGCUUGCGGUGAUUACCCUAGAGCGUAAUUAUGCGAUAACCCAUGCGAUACACCUCAAUAAGCGUCUAUCGCUGCAUCAGGCCUCAUACAUCAUGGCUGCGGGUUGGACUUUUGCGCUAAUCAUGGCUACUUUGCCGUUGUUGGGCGUCUCCGACUAUCGAAAGUUUGCUGUAUGCUUGCCGUUCGAGACCACAACCGGCGUGGCUAGUUUGACGUAUGUCAUUGCGUUGAUGUUCAUUAACGGUUGUGCUUUCCUGACGCUUAUGGGCUGCUAUUUGAAAAUGUACUGGGCCAUACGUGGCUCACAAGCGUGGAAUAGUAAUGACUCACGUAUAGCAAAGCGAAUGGCACUACUUGUCUUUACCGAUUUUCUUUGUUGGUCGCCCAUAGCAUUCUUUUCCAUCACUGCCAUUUUUGGCCUGCAACUAAUCACGUUGGAGCAAGCCAAGAUCUUCACAGUAUUUGUGCUGCCAUUAAAUUCGUGCUGCAAUCCUUUUCUCUAUGCCAUCAUGACGAAGCAAUUCAAGAAGGAUUGCAUAACGCUGUGCAAACAUUUUGAGGAGACGCGUGUUACGCGCGGUGCAGUUGCCGCCAACACAGCACUAGCCGGUGGUCUGAGUCGACGAGGCGGUGUGCGCAUGCCGAAAGAACUGCCGCCCUUGCUGCCUGCCGCGCAUCCACCCGGUUGUCGUUGCUUGCGGAUGAUGCCCAAUGAAAUGCCGAAUUGGCAUAAAUUACAAGAGCGCGAUCAACGGCGUGACUCGUGGAUUUGCUUAACGUGGCAUCGCUUAGCAGUCUGUUGUCAUUGCACCGAUCCAGACGACGACGACGACGAUGACGCAUUGACACCAGAGCGACGCCGCCUCGACGGACGCCGGACACGCAAAGCGAACAAAUCGAAUCAUCGUCAUGCGCGUACACGUUCGCGCAAUGCCAAUACCGAACCGUACCUUUAUCAGUUCGCUGAGCUAAAGCAAAAACAGAAGCAGACACGCGCCAGCUCGAUAUCUAGUGAGAACUUCUGUUCAUCACGUUCGUCUAGUUGGCGCAAUGGCCCACCAUCGGCGGGCGCGCUGCCGCACACUUGCAACAUACCACUCAAGAUGAUGGAUCCGAAUCGGCGAAGACAUUCGGCGUGGCUGAUAACACGAAAAACUUCGCAAGACUCAAAUUUGUCGAGCUCACGCAAUGACAGCUCCGCUUCAGCCACAACGGCGAGUACGUCAACGUUCCGAUUGUCGCGUUCAAGUGCGGGCAGCACGACGCCGCUGCCAUCAAUCAUGGCGCACAGCAGCAAAUCACAGCAACAGCAACUGCAGCAACACGCGUCAAUGCCCGCCAAGCCACGCCUUGUGCGCCAAGAGGCUGUGCAAGAGGAGGAAGACUCAUCGCCGCCGCGUCUUGGUGUACGUUUUCUGCCCACCAUACCAUCAGCGGCCGAUAGUUCCAUUGUCAUGGAAGAUGGCGAUUCAGCCAUGAAUGUCGCCAGCGUCAUGGGCAUGCCACUGCCGGGCGCAGCUAGCGGCUUCUACACUGUGCUACAGGCGCAGAGCGGCGGCGCCGCCAAAACACUGCUCACCACCGCGACCAGUCCACCCAAGGAGACACAACCGCCAUGACACUGCUUCGUAUGCAGCAGCAUACCACCAAUAAUUGAUAACAAUGUUAAACGUUGUUGUUGUAUUAGUGAGGCAUUUCUUUGACGCUUUUACAGUGCCGAACCCUUCAAGUACUUUCUUCGUGCUGCGUGUCGGCGCUGUAUGUGCGUAACGCUAUUAUGCUUUGUACGCGUUUAUUUCUAGUUUAAAGUGUUAAGAAUGAGCGAAUUUCCUACGCCGACCAUGUAACGCAUAUAAAGUAGUUACCAUUAUUUAUAAAUUAUUGUUUAAGUACAACAAUUACAAAAACAUGUAGGUAGUCAAUUUGUACAGUAGCCGUUAGAAAUGCGUGUUUGUAUGUUUGUACGUAUAUAUUUAGCCCUAAGCUGCUCAAAUGAUGAAUCAGAUUUAUCGUUUGAAUUACACAAGUUGUUUGUAUGUAUGUAUAUACGUAUGUAAUGCUGAGUGCUAAGCGUGACUUAACCGACUCAGCUCCGCUACGUGCUUAGCUUUCUUCUGCGCACGAUAUCAUGAACAUUUCCCAUCAGCAGUUUAGCACUUCCAUCGCGUUUCCCCUGCUCUCCUUUGUGUACUGAUGUUUAUAGUUAAAGUGUACCUCCACAGUUUAGUUGUCAUCCAAGAUUAAAGCUAUGGUUAUAUAUGUAGCUAUAUUUUUAUACAAAGUUUAAUUUAUUUAUUUAUUUUUUUAAAAUAUGCAAAAAAAGAAACAAUUAUUUCCAACCCUUCCUAGAUUUAUAUUUAUGUAUGCCACAAUGUCAAGUCACGUCGACGAGUGCGGGAAAAUCGAAAGCUUAUGAAAUUUGUUGUUAUUCCAUAACAUCGGUAUAUAUGUACAUAUAUAUCGUCACUUAAAACGCAAAAUAACGUAACUUCACUUUUAAGUUUACAGACGAAAGAAAAUCGAUAAUAAUACAGGGAAGUCGAAAAAAUAUUUUCGUAUUUUACAACAACCUAGUAUGUUCAAUAAGUUUUGUCGUUUGUUUAGAAAAACACAAUUUUAUGAUUCAAAAUGCACUUUAUUAUUCGGCAUAAUCUCCAUGAAUAUUAAUACACUUGUUCCAACGAUCCUCCAAUCUGUGAAUCCCAUCCCUGAAGUGAGAGUCCGAAGUGUCUGCAAAAUACGCUUCAAUGGCCGUUCUGACCUAUUCAUUUGUUGAAAAAUGCUUGCCACGCAUACAUUUUUUGAGUUCUGGACACAAAUGAAAGUCGCUUAGGGGCAAAUCUGGUGAAUGCGGUGCAUGAUCUAACAAUUCGAAUUUUAAUUUAUGGAUUUUAGCCAUUGUCAAAAUGACGAAAAAGGGAUUUGUUUCUUCUGCAAAUCGUGUUUUUUUUACGAAUUUUUUCCUUCAACUGCUCUAAUAGGUUGCAAUAAUAUUCAAACUUAAUUUUUUUACCAAUUUGAAAGUAAUCCACAUACAAAAUUCCUCUUGCAGCACAAAAAACUGAUGACAUAACCUUCUUGGCCGAUUUCCAGACACGAAUUCGUUUCGAAGCCGAACAACCAGGUUUAAACCACUCUUUAGCCUCUUGCUUUGAUUUAGGAUCAUGGCGAUAGACCCAAGUCUCAUCCAUAGUGAUGAAUCGAUGCACAAAAUCCACUUUAUUCUUUUUAAAAUGCUCCAAAUGUAGCUGUGAAAGUCGCAUUCGAAUGUGUUUUUGUUCCAUUGUUAGCGAAUGCGGCAACCAUUGUGCACACAGCUUUUAAAAACUCAAAAUUUCACUUAAAAUAUGGCUCACACUGCCUAAUGAGAUGCGUAGAGCCUCUGCUAAAUCUUUUUCAGUCAGUCGACGAUCUUCCAAAACCAUAUCCUGUAUUUUGGCUAUGAUUUCUGGUGUUGAUGCGCUUUUUGGCGCUUGGUCUUCACAUAGAUCAUCUUCAAGGCUUCUACGACCACGCUUAAAUUCAGCAACUCAUCUUUCUACUGUUCUAGUUGUGGGUGAAUAAUCAUUAUACACUUUUAACAUUCAUACUUUUUCUAUUUUUCAAGAAUAAGAAUUUUGUACGAUAUUCAAUUUUUUUUGUACGAUAUUCAAUUUUUUCCAUUGUAAAAAAAUACUGUGACACGGCGACACUAAGUGGCUUGUAAACAAAGAAUUAAUUGGAAGAUUGAAAUGAAAGUUCACAUACGUUCAUAUGAAGAGUCUACCAACAAAAAAAUUUGCAACGACCUGUCUCAUCGAACGACUCGAAAUAGGCUAAUCGAAAAAGUCUUUUCGUAUUUUGUCAAUAGAUGGAUAUCUCCAGUGCGACCAACUAUAGAAGAAACAAAAUUAGGGUUUUGGUUAUAAAAUGGUUAUAUAUUGGACACAGUGGUCACCGGAAGCUGAAAUUUUACGAUAUAGUAUAUAUAAUAUGAUGUAGUGAAUCAAAAGCAAUAAAAAACUCAUUUUCGAUUUUCUUGAUGAUACGUUAUUUUGCAUUUCAGGUGACGACAUACAUACAUAUAUAUAUAUUAUCGUUUGCAGUGUGCUUGUAAUAAUGUAAAAUAGUUGUAAGUCUAAAGUGAUAGUAUUUCUAAGAAAUACUUAGUCAUAAGCAAGUCUAAGUAUAAGAAAACGUGAAUUAAAUGAAAUAAAUAUAUAUACAAAUACA